AUGUGUGUUGCACGGUGCCAGUUGGGCCUGGGCCUCUGUUUCCAUCCUCGCCCCCAAGGGCCUCCAUCAGGCACCCCAGCCAGGCCCUCUGAAGACAGUGAGUGUAUGCUCCUGCCUCCACCUCGGCUCUUGCCCAGGGAGGGGACCGGCCCCUUGUCUCGACCAAAGCUGCUGAUUGGCAGCUCGGCCUCUCCACAACCCUGUCCUGAUGGCUGUAGCAUUCUUCUUGGGCCCACACCCCAAUCCCCAGUCCCCGACCCCAACAGGAAAGUGGUGCCGGUGCCAGAUGAGACGACUCUGUGUCCCAGGUUCAGGCUCUCACAGAGCCCCACCCCCGGGGUCUUACCUCACAGGGAAUGUGUUCUUAAAAAUGAAUUUGCCAACAAGCCAACAAAUCCUACACUCCAAAAAAACAAGACCCUUAUUUUUUUUUUUUUUUGUGCCAAAAACUGUGGACAUGCUGGCUCAGCAUCCUCAGGACCAAGCUGUUGCUUAAUUUUAAUUUAUUGUUUUUUUUUUUUUUUUUAUUAA